CCGACGCUUUAAAAACAAAGCUGGGAACGAUCUCAAGGCAGGUACCAGCCACUGGAAGAUGAUUGUGGGGGCCGGAUGAAAGCUUCACCGAUGGAGGCUGGAGGGGCAAUUGGCAUCUGCUGAAGAGGUCCUCGCCCCCUGGUGUGGGCAAACAGCAGUAUACAGCCUAAAAGCGAGCGGCGACCGGUGGCGUAUUUCAGUGGACAGCAGUUAUGGCCAGACGUCGAGUAUUUGUUUGCGGAAGGUUCCCCGCCCUCCGCGUUUCUGCUGCGUUUGAGCCCCUGAGGUUCCCACCUGUUGCCGGACGAUACUGUGUAGCAACUGCUGAUGAGAGCGGAGAAAUGUCAAGGAGAGAUGAGGUUGUUACAGAGACCCUGAAUCUGGAGACACCUGAAGAAACAGAAGCUUCUGACAAAUGCUGCCUGACGAGAUCAAGGCUUAAUUGUGGCAGAACAGAGCCAGGGAGUGACUCUAACAAUCGCCGUAAAAUAUUCUUGCCUAUUUUCGUUCUCUCACUUAUUGCCAUCAUUGUUACUGUACAAGUGUGGAAAUCUAACCAGACAUGUCCUGCUGUGAGUGUCCCUUUUCCUUUGGGGCCAGCAUGUGCAGCUGGCUGGAUUGGCUAUGAAAGGAAAUGCUACUUUUUCUCAGAAGAAGAAAGAAAUUGGACUUCUGGCCAGAACUUCUGCCUUUCCCACGGCUCUUCUCUGGCUGUGAUUGAGAGUGAACUGGAAAAGGUGUUCCUGCUAUGGUUCAGUGGCAGAGCUUAUCAUUGGAUUGGUCUCCGGAAGGCCCCAAAUGAAACCUGGAUAUGGGCAGAUGGGACAGAAUUCAAGAAAACAGUGGAGGUGAGAGGAGGAGGAGACAAAGACGCACUGUACAUUUCUAGACACUAAGAUUGCCAUUGCUUCCUUUUGCCUCAUGCCAAUAAAGUGGAUCUGCAGUCACCCUGACGCUUACACAAGGAAUAAAAGCUCUACCAAUAGGACAAGUCAUAAGUCAAGAGAGACUGUGGUAACUAGAAAGGGCACAAAGUGAUGUUUCAUUGAUUUAUACCGCUUUGCCUGCAACCCACCCUGCCCUGGAGUUUUUCCAGCUCUCCUGGUAACAUUUUCCUUGGAAGGAAUGUUACACUUGGAAGACACAAGUCAAUAUCUGAGCAAUACGGGUAAAUUUCAUACUGAUAUGAUCCUGGUACAAGUCUCUACAUACCUUUCAAGAACAUUUAAUUUAUUGAAAAAAUACAAUUCCAAAAUUUGAAACCAAAUUCACCUUUUUUUUGUAAAAGGGCCAUGUUUGCAUGCAGAAAAAAGGUAAUGUUUGUUUACAUAGAACUGUUGACUUGUUGUCUUGCUUGUUUCUUGUUUUUGAUUUUUUUGCACUGUGUGCAUAAUGUCAUCCCUUUUUUAUAUUAUUCAGUCUGAAGACAGAAGAAAUAAAGCACAGAAUAAAAACCUUUUCUUUGUGGGGUUGAGUAUGAGUGAUUUGGGAAAAAAUAAGUAGACCUGGCAUAGAGCAAUGUCUGGUAAACUCUGAUAUGCCUUUCGUUUUAGAUUAUUUGAUUAAUUUCAUUGUCUUCCUACUGUAUUAGGUGAAAGCAAGGGAACUCAAAAUAAUUGAACUUCCAAACUGACUCCUUUUUUCCAGCAUACCAAAGGGUUGAGUUUCAUGACCAUUGCCCAUUUUUGAUGUAAAACCAUGCCCACUAUGCACAGUAUAAGAUUAGAGCCAGUGAGGUAUAGUGGUUAAGGAGACCAGGGUUCAAAUCCCCACACAGCCAUAAAGCUCACUGGGUGACAUUGGGCCAGUCACUGCCUCUCAUCCUCACGAAAACCAUGUUCAUAGGGUCGCCAUAAGUCGGAAUCGACUUGAAGGGAGUACAUUGUAGGUUAAGAAGUAUUCCUGCAAAAGUGGACUGCAGGUGGUCUUGCAAGCUACAGGCCAAGUCAGCGUCAAACUCCUUGUUCAGACUGAGAUGAUUUCUAACUCCAGCAAUUGACCCAAUGUUUGUGCUUAUAUUGGGAAAGUUACUUUUAUGCAUACCCAGCGUGACAGAGUAGCGCAGCUGUUAGAAAUAAUUGCAUCGCCCAUUUUCAUCCCACAGAUGUUUUUUUUAGCAGGCCCCACUACUGAAAAUCUGCAAAAUAAAGGAAAUGAUUUAUUUUAAAAAAAGGCUCUCAGUCUGUAUCAGGAUACUGUUUUCGUUCUCGUAUCGGAAACUUUCCUUUCAUGCAAGGAGGGUGCACUACUGGUUUUCAGUUCAGAUGGCAGUAUAUAUCUCUCUGGUCAGAGAUAAAAGCUUGGCUACCCCUGCCCAUUGCGUCAACAGCAGCUUCACGUACAGACAUUAGCAGAUAGCAGUGCUUUUCCCCAAUGCCCUGAAAAGCUUUGCCCAAAUAUUUUUUCAGAUCAAGCUGCUGUUGGAGAGCAGGUGAGUGUGUCUUUUCCUGGCCAGCUGAUGGGCAGAGGUCAAGCAGCCAAAGAAACAACAUGAGAUUAAUCCACCUGACUGUAGGAACCCCUGCUCAGCUUCAACAGUUGUUUGAGAUUUUUUCCUAAACAUUGGCUAUAUAGUUCAGUCUUUCAGGCUCACUUUGCUCGUUUCCAACUUCUCUCUGUAAUAUAUCAUAAUGUUGUUUUGAAUUGUUUUGUGUAAUUUUAUUGUGAUACAAUCUCAUCUUCUCCGGGGGGGGGGGAGGAAGGGAAGGUUAUAAAUAUGAAAAAAUGCUAUAAAUAAAUGUUAGCUAUGAAUACCUGAUUUAAAACACCUUAUUAAAAGCCAGCUGGUUUUUCUGGUAUGGGCUUUUUGACUAGCAUAGCAAUAAUUACAGCAUCAAUUGCAGCAACCCGGGCCACACGUAGAUUAAGAUCUGUGCAUGGUGCCACAUACGAGCACAUGCUUUAGGGUUAUGCCACAUAGUUAGGUUUUCAGUGUUGGUUGAACAUGUUUCGCCCAGGCAUUCCUAAAUUAGCAUAUUGUAUUUCUGCUAGCUUUUAAUUAUUGUUUUUAUGUCUUCAUUGUGUUUGUAUUAUAUUUUUGAACCUCAUUUUAUGCUGCUUUAUUGUUUAAUUAUAUUCUCUUUUGUAUGAAUGUUUUAUUAGGUGGAGGUGGGGUUUUGAGAGACUUUAAGUUGCCGUGUGGAGAAAGCUCAAAAA